CUGGGCGCAUGCGCACUGGCUUCCCGCCGCCGCCUCCAUUGGCUCCCCAUCGGCCGAGGACCAGCCCGGGACACGGCAGGGACACGGCAGGGUUUCCAAGCUUGGCUCCACGAGCGCCGCUGCCGUCCUCUGCCAGCCACCACCGGACUGAGAGUUUCAGGCCUGAAGCCUAACUCCCGGCACCGUUGCCGCCGUCGCCUCGUCCGGUCGCAGCAGACCGGAUGGAGCCACGGAGCCUGGACCCGAGGGUGCGGCGUCUGGCGGCCGAAGUCGCCGAGAGCCCGGAGCAGGACGUCCCGACAGCGCUGUUGAAGUUGGAAGCGAUCCUGCAGGACGCCCCAUCGGGAAGUGGCCAGCUGCAGGCCCUCCAGCGGGACGCCCGUGACUACGAUCUCAUCGCGUUCUGCAUUCUGGUCCUGCGGCGGGACUAUUCGGGCACCCCCGGCGGCUGGACCACGCCCGCGCGCCUCGCCCGCAUCGUGAGUCACUGCUGUGUGGGGCUGGAGCCAGAAGAAAGUGCGGAGGAAUUUUACCAUAAAUCCCUUCCCUCGGCCGUAGACAACUGCCUGCUUUUGGGGAGACGCCUUCAGGAGCGCUAUAUCCGGGCCAUUAAGGAGGAAGAGAGAGCUGAAUUUCUGCGCUGUUUCCUGACUGUGAUGGACUCCCUCUGCUGCCUUCUGGGAGGGCACCGGAAACUCAGCAAGUUUGUUCUGCGGAAUGACCAUUUCCUCCAGCUGCUGCUGACUGAUGAUGUGGAGACAGGAGUGGCCGUGGUGACCAUGUUGCAGAGUGUCCUCCAAGCCAACAGGGAGGAGCCCCUCGGAACCGAAGAGGAAAUCCUUGACCCAAUCUUGGACGAGCUGGUCUUCAAGCUCUCAUCAUCCACCCACCCGGCGGUGGGCCGCGUCUGCACGCAAGCGCUCCUGUCUGUGGCAGAGUCUCAGGCCGCAGGUGGGCCUUCGCUGGCUGCCCGCUACAAAGGACUGCACAGCGUGCUGAGGGAGCAGUGGACCGGAAGAGGGUUUGGCCCAGAACUUAGCCGCCUCUUGGAGGUGCUGGCCCGCUUCCCAGACUGCCUGGCAACAGAUACACAGAAACGACAGCAUGCGGCAUGUACCAUCCAGGCUGCCUGGCGGGGCUUCCGGACACGCCAGAGGCUGAGCAAACUUCCCCGGGCGGUGAUGGCGCUGCAGCGAAGCUUCAGAGCGAAGCGGGCGCAGGAGCGGAGGUGCCGGAGCCUCUGCAGGGAAGGAGUGGCCCUCAGGGCACAGCUGCAGCUGCAGAGGCAGCGAGCCCGAAGACGGUUCCUGGAGCGUCAGCUCAUCUUACUGGAGGCCAUCCCCCCAGGUCAGGUGGGGAAGCAUCAGCAGGAAAUGGAGGAGCGAUGCGCCCUGACCAUCCAGAGGCACUGGCGGGGCCACCGAGCCAGGAGGGACUUCCACCGCCACAAGCAGAGUCUCCGGGAGCACAAGGCCGCCGUCACCCUCCAGAGGACCGUGCUUCGGUUUUUGGCCCGGCGGCGGCGGGAGAGGAUGGAAUUGGCUGGUUGGCAGAACUGGGGGUGGGGGCCCUGGCUCUCGGACUCACGCAGGCAGCAGCUGAAGCAGCAGGUGGAGGAGCACCUCAAUCUGCACCCGGCUCGGUCCAGGACCGACGCGGCCAGCCGCGAGCUUCACAUCCAGGCCCAGGAGAGGCUGGGCCAUCACUUGGUGACCCGCGGCCUGAGCCGCCGGGCGGAGCGGCGCAGAGAAGCCUGGAUGGCUCAGAUCAGCACUGAUAUUGACCAGCUGAUGGGUGCUCCGGGGCUCCAGGAGGCCACGGGAGUCGCCUCGCAGGCCUUCGUGAGCCGGUCCCGGCCAGUGGCCACCCAAGCCCGGCGGGCCCACCUGUCCGCCCUGCGCCGCUCCCGCCGGCCGUGGUGGGCGGACUUCGGGGAGGAGCCCCAGGAGGGGCUGGGGGCCCUGGAAUCGGCAGCGGUGACGGGAUUGGACGCCCUCUUUGUGGCCGGCACCAAGUCUCCUUAGCAGUGGGGACAGCAGGGGGAUCGGAAGUCCGUCCCUCCCUCUCAGCCUCCUCUGUGGGCUCCUGCGCCCUCGGCCCGCCCACCCUCCCACACCAAUCGCUGCGCCCCAUUCGGGACCGGGCCUGAGCUUCUCGCCACAACCGGCCCAAGUCUCGGGGCUACUAGGGGACAGCAGCGAAGGGGAUGUCCCUCGUGGCUGGGAAUUCUGGGGAUGGGUCUUUGGGAAGAAUCGAUGUGGGACGUCUCAGCCCGCCACAUGUGGGCCCAGCUGCUGGGGGACUCAACUGAACUGCAGGGACCGGCUGCCAGGCGGCCACGGUCUCCGACCCUGCACCCGCAACGCCCACGGUGCCCACCGCUCUGGCAGGGCCCCAUGUCCGCAGUACCCACGGUCCCGGCAGGGCCCCGUGCCCUCAGCGCCCACUGCCCAGCAGGUAUCCACACCCCCAGCGCCCACCAUCCCGGCAAGUCCCCACGCAGCCCGGCCGUCUUCUUCGGGUGAGCCUCGGGGCUGCCGGCAGCCCAUCUCUGCUCCUGUGCCCUGGCAGAAACACCCUGGUCCAGCCCCCUCUCCUUGGGCCAGUGCCUUGGGGCUUUGCCGGCCAGGGCCGAUGGGCUGUGACCAGCAGAGUCUGGCGGGGCCGGUGCAGACCCGGGGAAGGUACCCUCCCCUCGCCCCCCAACCUCUCCCUGCACUUCAAGAGGCCAGUGCAGUAACAAAGCCAAGUCUGGACCCACUGCCAGGAUCUAGUGCUAAGACCCAAUGCCAGCACCAAGUGCCUGGGCCAGCUCGGGUGUCACCCGGACGGAGAGGAAGGGAUGGAUCUGGGGAAUGUUGUGGAGGGACAACUGGAGGGAUUUGGCGACAGACUGAAUAUAGGGGUUGAAUGAGGGAAGGAUGCAAGGGUAAUGCCAAGGUUGUGGGCUUA